UUCAGUGGCGUUUUAGGAUUGAUUCCAAGGAGGAUUGCAAUUGUGUGUGUAAAUUAGACAGCUAGAUUACAAAUAAGGCUGAUCAACGAUUAGUUUUGUGUGAAAACAACCAAUUUAAGACAAAGGGAACCCCCUUGUUAGUCCACCAUGAUGGUGCUGCUAAUAAACAUCCAUAGAGGAUGACGACACGGUGAAGAUGGACACCUGGGAAGGGACUCGGACAACAAUGAGGAUUCUAUUUGAUUUAUGACCUCUAUUUGUAAUGUACUUAAUGAAAAAAUUAAAACAAAAAUACGAUAGAGUGGUCGUGAUGUUAGUGCUGUGGACGAUGCUGAUCUCCGGUAGCGGAUGGCGGGGGGUCGCGCCGAGCCCUACCGACGAGGGAGCACUGCGGGCCGGCCAAGGAGAUCAUGGAGAGCCGGGCCACCAGGAGCACCAUAAGGAUUCUUACAGUACCUUCGCCUCCGAGUUCUUAGAGUCCAGAUAUCUGUCUGAUGACAGUUAUCCAUUUCCCACCGCUCCACCUGUGGACCCGUUUGCCAAAAUCAAAGUGAUCGACUGUGGAGUGACCAAAGGAUGCAUCAGGUAUGGAAAGCCCGGCUGCGACGCUGAGACAUGUGACUACUUCCUGAGUUACCGUCGCAUCGGCACAGAUGUAGAAUAUGAGAUGAGUGCAGACACUGACGGCUGGGUGGCUGUAGGUUUCUCCUCUGACAAGAAAAUGGGCGGCGAUGAUGUCAUGGCCUGCGUCCAUGACGAUAAUGGCCGCGUACGCAUCCAUCACUUUUACAACGUUGGCCAGUGGGCAAAGGAGAUCAAGAGAAACCCUGCCAGAGACGAGGAGGGCAUCUUUGAGAGCAACCGCGUCACCUGUCGCUUUAAGCGUCCUCUGUAUGUGCCCCGCGAGGAAACACUUGUGGACCUCCACCUGUCGUGGUACUACCUGUUUGCAUGGGGGCCUGCCAUACAAGGCUCCAUCACAAGACACGACAUCGACAAUCCUCCUGUGAGCGACCGCAUGAUCAGUAUUUACAAGUACGAGGACAUCUUCAUGCCCUCCACUGCCUACCAGACCUUCAACUCCCCCCUCUGCUUACUGCUCAUAGUAGCCCUCACCUUCUACUUGCUGAUGGGAACACCGUGAAGACAGAGGCGGAGGAAGGGAAGAUGUAGCAGCAAUAAAAACAAGUGGCCAUUUUGUUUUUGUCAGGAGACACAGCAUUAGAUAUACAAACCCCGUUUCCAUAUGAGUUGGGAAAUUGUGUUAGAUGUAAAUAUAAACAGAAUACAAUAAUUUGCAAAUCCUUUUCAACCCAUAUUCAAUUGAAUGCACUACAAAGACAAGAUAUUUGAUGUUCAAACUCAUAAACUUUAUUUAUUUUUUGCAAAUAAUAAUUAACUUAGAAUUUCAUGGCUGCAACACGUGCCAAAGUAGUUGGGAAAGGGCAUGUUCACCACUGUGUUACAUGGCCUUUCUUUUUAAUAACACUCAGUAAACGAUUGGGAACUGAGGAGAGACAUUUUUUAAGCUUCUCAGGUGGAAUUCUUUCCCAUUCUUGCUUGAUGUACAGCUUAAGUUGUUCAACAGUCCGGGGGUCUCCGUUGUGGUAUUUUAGGCUUCAUAAUGCGCCACAUAUUUUCAAUGGGAGACAGGUCUGGACUACAGGCAGGCCAGUCUAGUACCCGCACAUUUUUUUACUAAGAAGCCACGUUGAUGUAACACGUAGCUCGACAUUGUCUUGCUGAAAUAAGCAGGCGUGUCCAUGGUAACGUUGCUUGGAUGGCAACAUAUGUUGCUCCAAAACCUGUAUGUACCUUUCAGCAUUAAUGGCGCCUUCACAGAUGUCUAAGUUACCCAUGUCUUGGGCACUAAUACACCCCCAUAGCAUCACAGAUGCUGGCUUUUCAACUUUGCGCCGAUAACAAUCCGGAUGGUUCUUUACCUCUUUGGUCUGGAGGACACGACGUCCACAGUUUCCAAAAACAAUUUGAAAUGUGGACUCGUCAGACCACAGAACACUUUUCCACUUUGUAUCAGUCCAUCUUUGAUGAGCUCAGGCCCAGCGAAGCCGACAGCGUUUCUGGGUGUUGUUGAUAAACGGUUUUCGCCUUGCAUAGGAGAGUUUUUACUUGCACUUACAGAUGUAGCGACCAACUGUAGUUACUGACAGUGGGUUUCUGAAGUGUUCCUGAGCCCAUGUGGUGAUAUCCUUUACACACUGAUGUUGCUUGUUGAUGCAGUACAGCCUGAGGGAUUGAAGGUCACGGGCUUAGCUGCUUACGUGCAGUGAUUUCUCCAGAUUCUCUGAACUCUUUGAUGAUAUUACGGACCGUAGAUGGUGAAAUCCCUAAAUUCCUUGCAAUAGCUGGUUGAGAAAGGUUUUUCUUAAACUGUUCAACAAUUUGCUCACACAUUUGUUGACAAAGUGGUGACCCUCGCCCCAUCCUUGUUUGUGAAUGACUGAGCAUUUCAUGGAAUCUACUUUUAUACCCAAUCAUGGCACCCACCUGUUCCCAAUUUGCCUGUUCACCUGUGGGAUGUUCCAAAUAAGUGUUUGAUGAGCAUUCCUCAACUUUAUCAGUAUUUAUUGCCACCUUUCCCAACUUUGUCACGUGUUGCUGGCAUCAAAUUCUAAAGUUAAUGAUUAUUUGCAAAAAAAAAAUGUUUAUCAGUUUGAACAUCAAAUAUGUUGUCUUUGUAGCAUAUUCAACUGAAUAUGGGUUGAAAAUGAUUUGCAAAUCAUUGUAUUCCGUUUAUGUUUACAUCUAACACAAUUUCCCAACUCAUAUGGAAACGGGGUUUGUAUAUCUGAAACACACUACAGCUACACUAGAGUAUAUUCUAAAGGUGCCAUACGCUAAACUCACUUGAGAGUGGCCAGUUUUUUUGCAGCUUUAUUCAAAUUAUGAGGACUUGUGGAUAAAAUCAAAGCAUGCGCUCGAAAAUCCCCACUGAGAAGCAAAAAAGAGCAGAUGGCGAAUGUUCACUGGCUCGUGAUGAACUUCACUGAGGAGAGAAAUGAACUAAUAACAGCCUGCAUCUUUUCAUGACUUGAUCACCCAUUUUCUCUGAUUGGCCAUUUUUCUAUAACUACCAGUGUGCAUUUAAUUUGUGAAAUACCUUCAUUAUUUUUGCCAGGCUUGACUAAUUUAUAUGUAUUAAUUAUUUUUUAACAAUAAUUUUAUUUUAUAAACAUUGCCAGAUGUUUGUUGGGCAGUAUGUUGACUGUGUUUUACAAUGAGAGAGAGUGCUAGCUCAGAUAAUAAAUGCAAUAACUUACGGCGCCUCUCCCAUUAAAGCAGCAUACAUGAUGCCUACAAAACACUAUUAGAAUAUUACAAUAAAAAUGUGUUGAUAGUAA